GGUUUCAGGAUUUCUCAGCUGGAGUUUUUUCUGCGUGGUCCAAUGAAAUCUUGAGGUCAUCAGUAUGCAGCUCACCUGUUUGCUAGGGGCUUGUCUUUGGGUGUUAUGCAUAAGUGGCGUCCAUACCGCAACCUUCAAACUUGCCUUGGUUGGGCCCUGGGCAUGUGACCCGAUGUUCUCCAGGGCGAUGCCCACAGCGGCAGCUAACUUGGCGCUGUCCCGGCUACGAAGUGACGGUGAUCUGAGCAGAGGAUAUUGGUAUGACGUGAAACUGCUCAAUGAGGACUGCUCCACCUCCAAAGCUUUGACUGAACUUGGAGAGAUGGAGGGUUAUGGUCAUGCCUACAUCGGGCCGUUUAACCCCGCCCUGUGCCAUGCUGCAUCCUUGUUCACUCAGCAUUGGGAGGUGGGGCUGGCAUCUCCAGGCUGCCUUGAUGCUAACUGGCCAAAUCUACCACCUAUCACUCCUCCACACAAAGUCCUCUUCACUGUGCUUAGAUUCUUCCGCUGGGCGCAUGUUGCAAUCAUCUCAGCUCCAACUGACUUCUGGGAGAACACCGGACAGGAAUUGGCCUCUGCACUUCGAGCUUUGGGACUACCUAUUGGGCCUGUGGUUACCAUGGAAACAAGCAGCAAAGGCAGAGCUCAGGAGGCACUGGAAGAGAUCAGACAAGCUGACAAGGUUAAAGUUGUCAUCAUGUGCAUGAGCUCUGUUCUGAUUGGUGGAGAGCAUCAAAAUUCACUCCUGUUGGCUGCUAUGGACAUGGGUAUGGUCUCCAAUGGUUACGUCUUCAUUCCAUAUGAUGCCCUACUAUACGCUAUGCCAUAUCAGGAUGUAACAUUUCACCAUCUGACUAACAACACGCAGCUACGCCAUGCCUACAGUGCUGUUUUGACCAUUACUAUGGCAUCUGAUCAGAGUUUCUAUGAAGCUUUUCAUCAGGCUCAAAUCAGCAGAGAGAUCCGCUCAGCUAUCGCUGCUACAGAGGUGUCCCCGCUUUUUGGGACUAUCUUCAAUAUGGUGUAUUUCAUUGCUAAAGCUGUGGAAGAGCGUCGGCAGGCGGGGGGCGGGCACUGGGUGACCAGGAGCCAUCUCUUCCAGUCAGAUGGAGGCUUUGAUUUCCAGGGCUUCAAUCAGGUGCUUUAUGGAGGAAGAGGUGGACGUGGCCUUCAGGCCAGAUAUGUGGUGUUGGACAGUGAGGGUGACCGCCUGGUCCCAACACACUCACUGGCACCAAAGCACACUGAUGGGACAGUUGGAGGUCUUAGACCACUGAGCCGUUCCUUUUUCUUUCCCGGAGGAAAGCCCUCCAAGGCCAGUUUCUGUUGGUUCAGUCCAGAAGAGACUUGCAGCAGAGGCGUAGAUGCUUUGAAAAUAUUUUUCAUCUUCUUGGUACUUUGUGGUGUGAUUGCAGCUUUUUCCUUUUGGAUCAGGAAGUACAAAAGAUCUUCAAACAUCACCAAACUGAUUCUGACUUUGGAUGACAUCGUAUUCAUUGACACUCAAGUCAGCAGGAAGAAACUUAAUGACGAGUCAAUCAUGAGGAGUCUUUUGGAAAUUAAAACUCCACUUCGCUCAAUUGCGCGAAGUUACAUCCUUACAACACCAGAGAGCUCCAACAUUGGGAUCCUGGAGGGUGACUGGGUUUGGCUGAAGAAAAUACCUUUUGGAAAGACAACGACAGCUGUCAAUCAGAACACCCAGAAUCUGUUUAGCCAGUUGCGUGAGAUGCGUCAUGAGAACCUGAACCUGUACCUGGGUCUGUUUGUGGACUCAGGCAUCUUAGCCCUGGUUGUGGAACACUGUCCUCGGGGAAGUCUGGCAGAUCUGCUCGCUGACAGUAACGUGAGGCUGGACUGGAUGUUCAAGUCCUCCCUGCUCAUGGACCUCAUCAAGGGCAUGAAGUAUCUACAUCUGCGAGGUUUGACCCAUGGUCGUUUGAAGUCUACAAACUGUUUAGUUGAUGGCCGUUUUGUUCUAAAAAUCACAGACUACGGGCUUCCCAUGAUCCUUCAGUCUCAGAGUGUCAGCCUUCCUGAUGAAGCACAAGAUCUGCUGUGGACCGCUCCAGAGCUUCUGAAAAAUCAAGGACAAGUAGGCUCAUUUUCUGGCGAUGUCUUCAGUUUUUCAAUCAUUAUACAGGAAGUGAUCUCACGAACACCGCCGUAUGCCAUGAUGGACAUGCCAGCUCAUGAAAUCGUGGAGCGUUUAAAGAACCCCCCCCCUUUCUGCCGACCCGUUGUUUCAGUGGACGAAGCCCCUGCAGAGUGUCUCAAUCUAAUGAACGAUUGUUGGAAUGAAGAUCAGAGCAAAAGGCCAAGCUUUGAUGAAAUUUUUAAACAGUUUCGAGGCAUUAGCAGAGGGAGGAGGGCCAACAUCAUCGACUCCAUGCUACGGAUGUUGGAGCAGUACAGUUCUAACUUGGAGGAUCUUAUCAGGGAACGAACAGAUGAACUAGAGGUUGAAAGAAACAAGACAGAAAAAUUGGUUGGACAGCUUUUGCCAAAGUCUGUGGCUCAGGCUCUGAAGAAAGGGAAGCCGGUCCAACCUGAACAUUACUCAGACUGCACUCUUUACUUUAGUGACAUUGUUGGGUUUACCACCAUCUCAGCUCUCAGCGAACCUAUCGAGGUGGUUGACCUGCUGAAUGACCUGUACACCAUGUUUGAUGCCAUUAUUGCUACUCAUGAUGUCUACAAAGUAGAAACUAUUGGAGAUGCUUAUAUGGUGGCUUCAGGUGUUCCUAAUAGAAAUGGGAAUCGACACGCGGCUGAAGUGGCAAACAUGUCUUUGGACAUCCUACAUUCAAUAGGAGCCUUUAAGAUCAAACACAUGCCUGAAAUUAAAGUGAAAAUACGCAUUGGGCUGCACUCAGGUCCGGUAGUUGCAGGUGUGGUUGGACUCACCAUGCCCAGAUACUGUCUGUUUGGAGACACAGUCACCACAGCAUCUCACAUGGAAUCCAGUGGACUGCCCUACAGAAUCCACAUCAGUCUGAGUACUGUCAAAGUUCUGACUAGUCUCAAAGUGGGAUACCACAUAGACACCAGGAAGGCACAGACGCUGAUCUGGGCCAGUAAUCAUGGGAUCAGUCUGGAUGAGAUACCAGUUGAGAGACGGCAAAAGUUUUUAGAUCGACAAAAGAAGAUGAAGAAAUAA